CGUGUAAGUUGCUGCUCUCAGUCCCGACAGAGGAAGCUAGAGUGCUGAGCGUCCGGUCACCAAUUUGCACCUCACUAGAUCCACUGGACCAGGAAAGUUUGUGAAUAGAGGUUCCCGAGUUUUGGGAGACCCAGGCUUGCAGCGUAGGGGGACGGAGGAGGCUGGAGGGAGCUCCCCCCAUGGAACCCACUCAGCUUGCAGGGAACCUUAUCCCAAACCAGCAGUCCUCUGUGCCUGACUUUGAGGAUCCUGAGGACCCCAGAGAGGAAUCCCUGGACAGCUCAGACACUGUGGUCCUCAGUCUGUUCCCCUGCACCCCAGAGGCUGUGAAUCCUGAAGCAGAUGCUAGUGCAUCCUCAUUACAGGGCAGCUUCUUGAAGCACUCAACAACCCUCACAAACCGGCAACGUGGGAAUGAGGUCUCGGCUCUGCCAGCUACCCUUGAUUCCCUGUCUAUCCACCAGCUUGCAGCCCAAGGGGAGCUGAGCCAACUGAAGGGCCAUCUGCGGAAGGGUGACAACCUGAUCAACAAGCCAGAUGAGCGUGGCUUCACUCCCCUCAUCUGGGCCUCAGCCUUUGGAGAGAUUGAGACAGUUCGCUUCCUGCUAGACUGGGGUGCUGACCCCCACAUCCUGGCCAAGGAGAGGGAGAGCGCCCUAUCACUUGCCAGCAUGGGCGGCUACACGGACAUUGUGAGGUUGUUGCUUGAACGGGAUGUGGACAUCAACAUCUAUGACUGGAACGGGGGGACACCACUACUCUACGCUGUGCGUGGGAACCACGUCAAGUGUGUGGAAGCCUUACUGGCCCGGGGCGCUGACCUCACCACAGAAGCUGACUCUGGCUAUACCCCAAUGGACCUCGCCGUGGCCCUGGGAUACCGCAAAGUGCAACAGGCAAUGGAGAGCCACAUCCUGAAACUGUUCCAGAGCACUCUGGGGCCUGUGGACCCUGAGUGAAGACAGCCUGGCGGAAACCCAGGCACUCAGGGAACAAACUGGCUUGAGGCAGCCCUUGGACAGUGGUGGGAA